CGGACUCCUUUAAGGCAAGCGAGCCGGCCCACUGGAGCGUGUUUCGCCCCCUCCGACGCCGCUGAGGUAGCGGCUUCACCUUUAAGACAGCGCGGGGACUGCUGGGAAGGCCGGCGGGAUGGAGGCAGCGGUACAGCAGGCUCACCGUUGCGGAUCUCGGUGAAGCCGGGAAGGAGUCCGAGCGGGAGCCGAUCCACAGCCAGAAGCGGUGUAGCCCUGUCCCCGGCGCCCGCCUGCCCGCCCUUCACCUCCACAGACGGCACAACCAUGGCCACGAUGGUGCUUCCGCGGGAGGAGAAGCUGAGCCAGGAUGAGAUCGUGCUGGGCACCAAGGCCGUCAUCCAAGGACUAGAGACCCUACGCGGGGAGCAUCGUGCCCUGCUAGCUCCCUUGGCUUCUUCUCAUGAGGCGGGCGAGGCCGAGCCAGGCUCGCAAGAGCGCUGCCACCUCUUGCGCCGCUCUCUGGAGGCCAUUGAGCUGGGGCUGGGGGAGGCCCAGGUGAUCCUGGCACUGUCAAGCCACCUGGGGGCCGUGGAGUCAGAGAAGCAAAAGCUUCGGGCUCAGGUGCGACGCCUGGUUCAGGAGAAUCAGUGGCUGCGCGAGGAGCUGGCAGGGACGCAGCAGAAGCUGCAGCGCAGUGAACAGGCAGUGGCCCAGCUGGAGGAAGAGAAGCAGCACCUGCUGUUCAUGAGCCAGAUCCGAAAGCUGGACGAGGAUGCCUCCCCCAACGAGGAGAAGGGUGACGUCCCCAAAGAUUCUUUAGAUGACCUGUUCCCUAAUGAGGAUGAGCAAAGCCCGGCCCCCAGUCCUGGAGGAGGGGAUGUGGCUGCCCAGCACGGGGGCUAUGAAAUCCCAGCACGGCUCCGUACCUUACACAAUCUGGUGAUCCAGUAUGCAUCUCAAGGUCGCUAUGAGGUAGCUGUGCCCCUCUGCAAGCAGGCACUGGAGGACCUGGAGAAGACUUCGGGCCAUGACCACCCUGAUGUGGCCACCAUGUUAAACAUCCUGGCACUGGUAUAUCGGGACCAGAACAAGUACAAGGAAGCUGCACACCUACUCAAUGAUGCUCUGGCCAUCCGGGAGAAGACACUGGGCAAGGACCACCCAGCUGUGGCUGCAACACUGAACAACUUGGCAGUUCUAUAUGGCAAGCGGGGCAAGUACAAAGAGGCUGAACCACUGUGCAAGCGGGCACUGGAGAUCCGGGAAAAGGUCCUGGGCAAAUUUCACCCAGAUGUGGCCAAGCAGCUCAGCAACUUAGCCUUGUUGUGCCAGAACCAGGGCAAAGCUGAAGAGGUGGAGUACUACUAUCGGCGGGCACUGGAGAUCUAUGCCACACGCCUUGGGCCUGAUGACCCCAAUGUGGCCAAGACCAAGAACAACCUGGCUUCUUGUUAUCUGAAACAAGGAAAGUACCAGGAUGCAGAGACCCUAUAUAAGGAAAUCCUUACUCGUGCUCAUGAGAAGGAGUUUGGCUCUGUCAAUGGAGACAACAAGCCCAUCUGGAUGCAUGCAGAAGAACGAGAGGAAAGCAAGGACAAGCGCCGGGACAAUGCUCCUUAUGGGGAAUAUGGCAGCUGGUACAAGGCCUGUAAGGUUGACAGCCCCACAGUCAACACCACCCUGCGCAGCUUGGGAGCCCUUUACAGGCGCCAGGGCAAGCUCGAAGCUGCGCACACACUGGAAGACUGUGCUAGCCGCAGCCGCAAGCAGGGACUGGACCCUGCCAGCCAGACCAAAGUGGUAGAACUACUGAAAGAUGGUGGUGGACGGGGAGACCGCCGAAGCAGCCGAGAUGUGGCUGGGGGUACUGGGCUUCGACCGGAGUCUGACCUCGAGGAGUCAGGGCCUGCGGCAGAGUGGAGUGGGGAUGGCAGUGGUUCCUUGCGGCGCAGUGGCUCCUUUGGGAAGCUCCGGGAUGCCCUGAGACGCAGCAGUGAGAUGCUGGUGAGGAAGCUGCAGGGGGGCGGCCCACAAGAGCCCCCUAACCCCAGGAUGAAACGGGCCAGUUCUCUCAAUUUCCUCAACAAGAGUGUGGAAGAGCCAGUCCAGCCUGGAGGCACAGGUCUCUGUGACAGCCGCACCCUGAGCUCCAGCUCCAUGGACCUGUCUCGACGAAGCUCACUCGUGGGCUAAUCCUGAAGGGGCAGCCAGUCUCCAGAGCCUCCACCCGGCACAAACUCCCCCCACAUCCCCAGCCCUGCGCAUGGGCCUGCUGCUUGUACCGCCUGUCCCUCCCAAGGACCCCUGUCUUUUCUGUUCAAUCUCAGGGUAACCAUUUCCCUCUCGUUAUCUCAGCCUGGGCCCUGGAGGCCAGGCCUGCCCGCUCCAGUUCUACACCCUUAUUUAUUCCUUCCAGCAGGGGGCCCCCUCUUCCCAGGUUCAGGGCCACCGGGAGGGGAUGCCUGGAGUCCAAGGCGCACUCUACCCAGACUCCAAAGCCAAGAACACUAAGCACCUGCCAUCCCUCAAUAUCCUCCUCGCCUCACCCCCCACCCGGCCGUUGCUUCUGUAUAUAGAGAAAUAAGUUAUUGGCCGUGUCCCUCCCCUAGAUCCACGGUACACCCAGCCUCCAUCCUCCAGUGGUACCACCCAGGCCUUAAUCACCCCCUUUCCGCGCGGUGGUAUCUCUCAAGCUCCACGUUCUUGGGGCGGCGUCUCCCCAAAGGAUGCCCUGGACCUCCUAGCCUCGAAGGGAUGUUUCCCACCCUGCCUUGCCCAUGCCCUGUCCGCAUCCCUCUACACUACAGCGCCGGGCCCUGCGCAGCAUCCCGGCGUUAUGCACUGCCCCUCCCUCCUGGCCCCGCCCAGGCAGUCCUGACUCCUCCUCGGGCGCCGCCCAUUGAGCCAUCCUGCCACGCCUCCCAUGCCCGCAGCUUCUCGCGAGGGCUAGUGAUGGUCCUUCCGCGGUAGGAGGGGCUACCCUCAGUUGUGGGGUGGGCGGUUGCUCUCUAUUUUCAGAUAUUGCUGUAGAAAUAAAAGUCGGUUUGAAUCUGAA